AUGUCAUGCGCGCGGCUCAUGUCCGCCACCAGCCGGCCGAUGACCCGCCAUCCAAUUUUACAGUUCGCCCCGAGCCGUUCGUUCACUGGCUUGCGCUCCAAGGCCCUCUUCGCGCACAGCUCAUGCGCGCAACUCAUGCUCAUGCGCGCAGCUCAUGCUCAUGCGCGCAGCUCAUGCUCAUGCGCGCAGCUCAUGCUCAUGCGCGCAGCUCAUGCUCAUGCGCGCAGCUCAUGCGCGCUACCAGCCGCCCGUUCGCCCCAAGCCCGUGCUGAGCGCCAAAGGCCCUCGUCGCGCACGUGGCUUCCCCCACCACAGCGCUGCCGCGAGGCCCUGAUAGGGUUCUCCUCUCCCUUCUCCCUGCCCCUCUCUCCUUUUCCCUGCCCCUCUCCUCCCCUUCCUCCUUCCCCCGCUUCUCUCCCCCUCUCCCAUACGGCCAUCCCCUCAGGAGGCGCACUGGCAGCAGCACGAGCAGUAGGGGCGUCCCACUGGCGGCGGCACGAGCAGGGGGGCGAGUGCGCCCGCUUUUCACUGCAGCUGCAGAAAGCACCGGCUGUGCUCGACCUGCCCUUUCCUUUCCUGCACGAUUCUGUCAUCCAGGGGCGUCACACCGUGUGCUCCUUCCUCUCCUCCUCCCUCCAUGCGAGCCCACUGACCCUACACUGCCGUGGAGCAGGGGCGUCACACCGUGUGCUCCUUCCUCUCAUCCCGCCACCUGCAUGCCUGCGGACCCUACGCUGCCCUCUGUGGUCCGGCCAGCUUGCUGCACUCUCUCCCAGCAGCCCAUCAGCCCCUUCCGCCGCCCGUGCUGCACCUGCACCCCCAACGUCUCCCUCUCUUUCCCCGCGCGUGCACCCCACACAGCCCCCUUCCAUCCCGCCUCCCCCCUUCUCCCCGCUCGCCUGGAGCGACUACUACCUCUGGAGGGGCCUUCCCCUCCACUCGCCCGCUGCGCUGCUGCUGCACACGAGCGAUGGUGACAACGAUUCAUGCAUUCACCAUCCCACCACACUUCUCAUCCCACCACACUCCUCAUCCCACCACACUCCUCAUCCCACCACACUCCUCAUCCCACCACACUCCUCAUCCCACCACACUCCUCAUCCCACCACACUUCUCAUCCCACCACACUCCUCAUCCCACCACACUCCUCAUCCCACCACACCCACCACACUCCUCGUCUCACCACACUCCCCACCCCACCCCAUUGCACCCCCCAUCCCCAAAACUCCCGCUUGCCCACUCCCCCCCACACCAGCCGCUCACCAUUUUCCAUCUUUCCCCUUGCCCACCUCCCUCUCUCCCCCCACCCACCAGCCACUCACCAUCCUCCUCGCCCUCCACCUGCUCCACCAGCCCGCCCCACCCCCUCCUCCUGCCUUCCCUGCCACCACUCUUGCCUCGGACCCGGAGCACACGCCCUCUUACACUGCAGCUGGGAGGGAGCGGAGGGAGGGACAAGAGGGACAAGAGGGACAAGAGGGACAGGUGCAGCGUACAUGUGCAGAGGGGCAGCGGCACCAUCAAUGCCAGAGGGCAGACAGGGAGGCUCAAGAACCAGCCGCACUGGCAGAGCUGCGAGUGCUCCUGCCCAGAGUGGACAUGUGUCUUCACCUUAUUGGCCCCAACAUACCCGCACACAUGUUCACUCCUUGCGCCAUGCACCCGUAUGCCCUACGUGUUUGCUCCACGUGCCACCCAUCUCCAUGCCUUAACUCCUCAUCCUCACAUCCUCUGCCAUCCCCACUGCCCUCACACCACACCUCCCCACUGCCCUCUCACUACACCUCCCCACUGCCCCCGCACUACACCUCCCCACUGCCCUCGCCGCGCCACACCCUCAGGCACGGCAAGCGAAUACUCCUUCAGCAUCCUCCCGACUUUGAGCCCCGCGAGCCACAACCAGCCGAGCCACAACCUGCCGAACCACAAUCAGCCGAGCCACAACCUGCCGAACCACAACCAGCCGAGCCACAACCUGCCGAACCACAACCAGCCGAGCCACAACCUGCCGAACCACAAAUUACCGGGCCACAACCACCAGAAACAGCAGGAGGGGCAGCAGGCGUAGCAGUGCACUUCCACCGCGGCCUCUACCACCACGUGCUGCCCUCCCUUGCCUGCUCGCCACUCACCACCGCCCCCACUUCCGCGCUUGCCACUCCACCCAUCACUGUUGCAAUGCGCCCUUGCAGCCCUUGCACCUCACUACGCCGCCCUCACCACCCGACCUCUCUCCCUCACAGCGACCAGCCCCAGCAGCGUUCGCAUCUCCCCCAGUCAUCCCAUCAGCAGCUUCGGUCCUGCCACUGCCCCACGCUGCUGUUCCUUCCCAACGCGGGCCUGCCUGCCUUCCCCUCCUGGCGAGACACGCUGACCCUCUUGCUGCAGUGGAAGCUGCCAGCACUAAUCACGGCCCACAGCCACGAGGCAGCACAGCCAGUACUCACAGCAUCGUGCUGCCCCGUCCCCCCUCUCCUGCAAGGUGCCAGCGCUGAUCACGGGUUACAGCCACGAGGCAGCACAGAGAGCCAGGGAGGGCGGGAGGCAGGAAGGUCCUCAUGCUGCGCGGUGGGCUGCCAGCGCUCAUCACGAACUACAGCCAUGAGACAGCACAGAGGGCUGCACCGUGUGCCCCCUCCCCUUCCUCCCAGUCCUCACAUCAUCGUGCUACCUUGUCCCCCUCCCCCUCUUCGGCCUCCCGCCAGGUCCUCAUGCUGCGCAGUGGGCUGCCAUCAGUCAUCAUGGCCCUCAGCCACGAGGCCGCACAGCGAGCCAGGGAGGCAUGGUAGCGCCACAGGCGACUCAGCCAGCCCUCACAGCACCAUGCUGUCUCAUCUCUCCCCUCACAGCACCAUGCUGUCUCAUCUCUCCCCUCACAGCACCAUGCUGUCUCAUCUCUCCCCUCACAGCACCAUGCUGUCUCAUCUCUCCCCUCACAGCACCAUGCUGUCUCAUCUCUCCCCUCACAGCACCAUGCUGUCUCAUCUCUCCCCUCACAGCACCAUGCUGUCUCAUCUCUCCCCUCACAGCACCAUGCUGUCUCAUCUCUCCCCUCACAGCACCAUGCUGUCUCAUCUCUCCCCUCACAGCACCAUGCUGUCUCAUCUCUCCCCUCACAGCACCAUGCUGUCUCAUCUCUCCCCUCACAGCACCAUGCUGUCUCAUCUCUCCCCUCACAGCACCAUGCUGUCUCAUCUCUCCCCUCCCGUCGGGUCCUCAUGCUCAUUCAUCACGGACUUCAGCCACGAGGCAGCAGAGAGGGCCCGCGAGGCGCUUUGCUCGCUUGCUGCUGAGGUGCAGCAAGGUGGUGGCACGGGAGGGGCAGCGGCGGCCUCUGGUGGUGCUGUGCUGCAGCCUGUCGUCAGCGAGGUGCGUCUGAACCCCUUCCGCAUGCCCUUCGCCCAUCCCAUGGCCAGCCUCGCCCUGCCCUCCCUGCCCAACUGCUUCUACUUCACUCUCACGUUCCCUACCGCACUCACUAGUGCUCAUGCUGACGCAUGUGCUGAUGCAUGCGCUGCAGAGCCGAGUGCAUGA